GGGGCACCCAGUAGAAUCCGUAGCUUUCACUUUGCAUGCCACUUUAAAAGGUCCUGGCUAAUGUUCGCUAUGAUGGAAAACAGUGCUGGCAAACAUUUGAGCAGCUUUUGUCUGGGCCACCUGAAACUCUCACUCUGAUUAUGAUAGCUUUCAUCACCCUGGAAUUCGGUUUGCAUCCAACCGCUAUGAAACCGGGUCCUGUCCUCUUGACGUCCAAGCAAAUUGCAGUGACCUCGUCCAAGUGAAGUAGCCACGUAAACCAAAGAAAACGGCAGAGGCGGCAGAGGUUGUUCUAUUUUUGUAGACACCACCAUUGCUGUAAUUCAGCGGGAUUUCUCGGCUUGGGUCCCGAGCUGUAGAUUAAGAAGAUUGGAGCAGCUUGGAUCCUCAUUCCAAAAUAGAGAAGGACUCAGACAAGAGAGGUGGGGUCAACUCAAAUUUUGUCAUACUCUUUGGGAAUCACAGUUUAGGAGCUUUGGGUUCCAGAUUCCAGUAUGACAUGUGACGCAAUAGAGGCACCGGAGGCAAGCUGGACUUGGCAGCCUGAGCUCCGCUCGAAUGGCUCUGGCUCAGUGGCUCAGUGCUGCAAAACCCGGUGAGGCCAUGGUGAGGCAACCAGUCCCUGAGUCCCAUGUACGACCCUGAUUUUGAUUGGGAGGAACUGGACGAGCUGUUGACGACAGACCGAUGUAGAAGGGUCACAUGCUGGCAAGCGCAUGAUGCCCAGGUGAAUGUGAUCCGCAUGGCUUGCGCCAAUGACUCACAUGAAGUUUACACUGGAUGUUGGGAUUCGGCUUUGCUUCGUCACUGGGCAGAGCCUGGGUACGAGGCACCCUCCCAGCUCAAAGAACUUCAUGUGGGCGGCUUUUUGAACGAUUUUUUAGAGAUCUCUGAGCAUUGGCUGCUGGUCGCCGUCUCUGCCGGCCUCAUCCCAACCCCAGGCGAAUCCCUGAAAGUCUAUGACCUCACUCCCACAGCCGGCCUUCAGCCUGUGCAGCGCUGCUUCUUCCACACGCGUGGGUGCCGAGCUCUGACUUCGGGACCAAGCUUGGUGGCAUCCAUCUCGAAGGACGCUUUGGCGAUCUUUGCGCCGGAAGAUCUGCGUGGAGACGCGGAGAUCUGCGUCAGAUGUUUGGCGCCGAACCCCCACGGCUUGCAGGAGGUGACCUCUUUGUGCUGGGGAAAAUUCCUUUACAGUGGUGGAACGGGUGGUGCACUGAAGCUUUGGCAGUUGGGAUCAAGCUCGUGUGACUCCGUUUGGUCCACAACGGUCAGUGCAGGCUCUUGGGUUCGACAAAUCAUUGACUGCGAAGAGUACACUAUUGUGUGUCAUUCGGAUGGUGUUUCUUGGGUUGACAGUCGUGCUGGAGCUGUGGUUGGGAAGUUGGAGUGUGAUGCCCAAGCAAAUGCUGCUUGUCUAGUUGGAGAGAACAAGCUUCUGGUAGGAUUGGGUUGUCAGCUUGCAUUUGUGGAUCUGCGUUUUUGUGACCAAACGAAGCAAGACGUCGUCAUGGAUCUCAACUCUGUUGUGGCCAGUUUGGACUCUGGUGUUGCUGGACCAGUUGUGAACCUACUCGCUGGACUUAAGAAUGGAAUGGUUGAAACCCUUGAUGUAAGAACAUAAAAGAGAACUGUCAGAAGAUGAGCUCCACUUCGAAGCCAGUCCGAUGCUGCAAAAACCAUUUCUUUCGCGGAGGAGUUG